GAAAGCUUUUCUCUCUACCCACAAACGAGACAAUGUAUGUGGCUGUUGUGCGGCAUUGAUUCAUGUGCGAACACAGAAAUUUGGUCUAAUAGAAACAAAAACCAAAUCCAAUAAAGGUGCUCAUUUCAUGACCAAAAAGAAAGAGCCUAUCAUUCUAUAAGAAGAACAUGCAAUCUGAUCACCAAGCAGCAAAAACCAAUCACCCCUCUCUCCCCAGCCUCUUGUCAUUGGUAACAAGAAUGAAAACCUCAAUCUCUUCCCCACCCAUCUUUUCUCUCCAUCUUCUUCUUCUUCUUCUUCUUCUUCUUACAGUUUCUCUACCAUCAAUCCAAUGUGGUGAUCUGGUAGACCAAAUUUGCAAGCAAACACCAUUCUAUGACUUGUGCAUCUCUACCUUGAGAUCAAACUCUAAAGUCACAGAGUCAGAUGUAAAAGGCCUAGCAAGCGUGGUGGCUGACACCCUGUUGGCAAAUGCAACUGACACACUGAAUUACAUCCGAGCUCAGAUAAACCAAGCAUCGGACCCGGAGAUGGAGAGAGCAUUGGCCUAUUGUGCAGAACUUUACAUUCCAGUUGUCAAGUACAAUCUUCCUCAAGCCAUCGAGGCCCUGAGUAAAGGUCAGUUUGAAUUUGCCAGUGAUGGGAUAUCUGAUGCCGCUAAGGAGGCAGAUGCUUGUGAAAAGAAAUUUUCAGGGUCUAUGACAUCACCGUUAAGUGAUAGAAACAAACUUCUUCAUAGCCUCUCUGAUGUGGCCGUAGCCAUUGUCAAGAUACUGCUGAAGGGUUGAUUAUGAAUUUUACUUAUGAGGAAAAUGUUCAUUUUCUGCUUGUUUUUAGUCGCGAAAUCUUGUGCACUUAUUUCCUGCCUGUAAAUUUUAUUCUAUUGGAUUGGUAAGUAUUGUACUUCAGAGUUCAGACAGCAGUUUCAACUUUCAAGUUCAACCAUACAUUUAGCA